AUGGCAUCUCGAUUCAACGAGGCGGUCUGCGUCAUCCAGGAUAGUAAAGCCGACGCCCAUCCUCUCAUUGAUAUUUACUUCAGUGUUGUGACAGUGAAAUUAGUGCGGCGCAGAGGGCACGGUAAGCCGGCGAGGCUAAGGCGAGUGGGCUGUGUUGGCCGCGGGGAGCGACAGCACGCAGAGCUGCCGCCCAGCUGGCAGGGCAGUAGGCGGGGCAGCGACGCGAGCGGCGACGGCGGCGGCAGCAGCAGCACCAGCGCGAUCUACGCGUAUGUAGAGUUGCCGUGGUGCGCCGACUGCGACAGCGCGGCGACGGCCGGCGCCGCCCGGCGACACCUGCUGCUGCUGCCGACGUCGACGCCGACGCCGACGCUGGGCUCGGAGAGCGGGGGCGGCGGCGGGGGCGGCUCGGUGGCGCUGCAGCUGCCGCUGCGGGGCCGCGCCGCGGGCGGAGCCAGCGCCGCCGCCGCCGCCACGGCCGCCAAGCGCAUGCGAAAGCGGCGGGAGCUGGACGCGCUCGCCGGCUGCGCCAAGUCGGCCGCGCUGCUGCACUCCGCCUCCAGCGGCGACGAGCGCGAGUGGGGGCCCGCGCCGGGGGCGGCGGUCGGUCGGCGGCGAGCGGUGCGCUCCCGCGCCAAGGCGGCCGGCGGGGGCGGCAGCGGCGGGGGCGGCGGCGCCUCGGGCACCAGCUCCGGCCCGGCGCACCUGUUGCUGCUGCGGCGCGGCCGCGGCCGCGCCAAGGGGGCGUGCGCCGCGCUCUGCCGCGCGUGCGCUGCCUUCGUCGUCUUCGCGUGCGUCGUCGCCACGCUCGCCGUCAUGUGGCUCUUCGUCGACCUGCGCGACCAGGUCGCUGCGCUACGCACCCAGAUCGACCAAGUUGUUGCAGGUAACCAAAAUGUUCCAACUGAGCUUCAGGAGUGCCAUUCACUCACAAGGCAGCUACAGAAGAAUCAGACUGCACUGUACAACCAGAUCAUCAUGCUUGCAAAGCAGCUAGCAAAUUUUAGUUCAAAGCUCGGUGAUGUACAAGAUGGUUUCCACAAUGUCCAAGAGAAGCUUGAUGGUGCUCCAGAGCUAGUAAAUGUGCCUCAGACCAUCAAGGAUCUACAAGGCAGUGUUGCUGGUUUUGGAAGCCAAAUACGGGACCUUGCAGCUACAGUUGAAAACCUCAAAUCUCAGAACACAAAAUACCAAGAACUUUCCACAAAUAUUGUGCAGAACUUGACAACAGUCAGGGAAUUGGUGAACACCCUGCUGAAUACAUCACACCAACCAGAUAUAUCUGGUGCUGACAGCAGUGGUCAGAGAAAAUUAAUGCUUCAAACUAUGGAUCAGAUUUCAAAAAACCUUUCUCAGAUAAAUGAUACCCUCAGCAAGAGGAUAACAUGGGUGACAGAAGAUCAGAAUGCAGAUCGAACUAAUCUGGCAGAUCUUCAAGACAAGAAUCUUAAUGUCCAAGCAAGAGUUACAACCCUUGAAGGAGAAUGCAAAAAAAUGGUCUCCCAAGAAGUUUUCAACACUACAGCUGCCAAUAUUACAGAGAUGGUAAUCAACACAGAGAAGCAGAUCCAUGAUUUGGAAGUGCGACUUUCGCAGCUGCAAAUUCAAGGAUCAGAACUGGCUACCAAUAAUAGCAAACUUGCAAAGACUCUGGAAACUCUGCGUCAGACUAUUCUGCCACUCAUAGAUGUGCCUGCAUCGCCAUCACCAACAGCAAAUGUUUUCACCGAGCAAUCUGUAUCUCCUUAAAUGCUGGAAGCCUGAAAAAGCACAAUGUGUCCACUGUUAAUAUUGUCAAGAAUAAUUUAAGAAGUACAAAGCAGUGUGACAAAUUUUUGAAGCAAAAUUCUGGUUUUAUAUGAAUUGUACUUAAUAAAUCUAUUUUGAAUGUUUAUGUGUGCAUGUAUGUGUGUAUGUAUGUUGGCAAAUCAAACAUUGUAAGUAUUUUAUAUGUCACUGAAAUUACUGUAUUUCAAUUGUAUUAUCUAGAACACUCUGCCUGGAAAUUGAGCCUAUAUUUUCUAAAGACUGUUGUUUCUUGGACUCUUGCCAUUUUACAAGUAUAUGUCCUGAUAUCCUUCCUUUUGUGUGUUCAUAGAUGUAAGAAUAACUUCCUGUCAUUUUCUUUUAUUUAAAAAAAAAAAUCUGUUCUUCGUGAUUUUUCACAGUUUUAGAACACAGUUGCAGGUUGUAUUAUUGGUGUUUAUAUUUUCAGCACUUUAUUGUUAUUAACCUUUUUAGUUGUACAGAAUAAAUUAGAAUUUUAUGAUGUAAUCUGAAUUACAGUUGUUGAAAAUAUAUGAACUGUGAUUGUUACAAGAA